AUGCUGAAGGGAGGAAUCGAUGUUGGCAAGUUCUGGCUGGUCCACACCGUGCAGUUCCUCCUGCUUUACAUUGUGGCCUUGACUGGGAAUCUCCUCAUCAUUGCUGUCAUGAUCCUCAACUGGAAACUCCACUCCCCCAUAUACUUCUUCCUCAGGCACCUGUCCAUCCUCGACCUCUGCGACAUUUCCACCACUGUCUCCAAAUUCAUUGUCAACUCCCUGACUAACCGUAGAGAAAUCUCUUUCCCGGGCUGUGUCCUCCAGGUGAUGUCCUUUGACAACUACGUAGCCACAUGCCUCCCUCUGCGCUAUGUUGUCAUGAGCCAAGGGGCCUGUAAGAAGAUGGUGGCUUCUUCCUGGUUCAGUGGGAGUCUUUCUGGACUUAUGCAAACAGCUGUGACCUUCUCUCUACGCUUCCGUCGAUGCAAUGAGAUCCACCAGUUCUUCUGUGAUAUCCCCCGGCUCCUGAAGCUCUCUGGCUCUGACUGGAUAAUGGCGGGGUUGGGCAUUUCAGUCCUCGUUCCGUGUCUUGCCUUCUUCUGUUUCAUCUCCAUAAUUGUCUCUUACAUCUGCAUCUUCUCAGACAAGCUGAGGAUGCGGUCCUCAGGAGGCCGGACCAAAGCCUUCUCAACCUGUCUGACCUACCUCAUCAUCAUGGCUUUCUUCUUCUCCACUGCUUCCUUCGGUUAUGUGAAACCGCCCUCUGACUUUCCUUUCUUUCAGGACCUGUUGAUGUUCAUGAUCUAUUUCUUCAUCGUGAUCAAAGUCUGGAGAGUGGUGGUCCCCAUACACAGAAGAGGAAAACACCAUUACUUCUAG